ACCACACAAGAAUUGUUUUUACAAUGAAAAAAUGUAUCGCUAACAAACGUGCCAAUUGAAAAUUGGAGUACAGUUAGUGCGGGCAAUUACAGUAAAUAUACCUCUAAUACCGGCGGACAUCUCUUAUCUUGUCUUUUAUAGUCAGCCCUUCUCAUACCCAUAUAUAAUGCUAGAUUUUCACUGUUAAUGGCAAAUUUAUAACUAAACAAAAAGUCUAAAUUUGUUCAUAUCUUGUACAAUUUUAAAACCCAAUUGAAUCUUGGAAACCCCACAUUCUGGAUCCUCUUUUUGUCAAAAUCGCUUACGAAUUGAGCCGAAUUCGGCUAUGGCAAGCAGUGGGAGCUCUAAUCUGAUUCCCGUGGAGGAUCGAGGAAAUGAGACGGAGAACAGCUUGGAGAAGAUAAAGAAGCAGCUUACUUCGGCUUCUGGAAGGACUUUGCUGCAGGGGCCUCUGCUGAAGCGAUCGGAAACUCUUCGGAAAUGGAAUGAGCGUUGGGUGACAUUGGAUCCGACCACUGGGAAAAUGGAGUACAGAGCUCGAAGAAAUGACUUGACACCCAAGGGGAUAAUCAUAUUUGAUGUGAACAGCACAAUUACUGUAUCUCCAAUUAAUUUCCAUGGUCUCCAGAAAUAUGAUGGUUGCUGCUUUUAUAUUGGCACUCCGCAGAAAAAGGAAUACUUCCUUUGUGCUGAAACUCCUGGGGCUACCAAGGCGUGGGCAGCAACAUUACGGGCAUCACAGUUGGUAUUGAAGGCUCAUAAGGAGGCUGUGAAUUCUUUGAGUGGAAAUGGGACGUCCAAAUUGGGAACAGUAGCAGCUGUUGUUGCUGCUGCUAAUUCAACUGCAAGAGAGUCUGCAAAAGAGAUAUCAGCAGCAAUGCAGAUUUCUAUGAAGGCAGCACUGGGUGCUGUCACAAAGCAACCAAACAAUGGUUAUAUGGAUGAUAUGACAGUAAUGAAGGAAACUCUCAAAGUGAAGGAUGAAGAGCUGCACCAAUUGGCACGAGAGCUUAGAUCAAGGGAUUCAACAAUAAAGGAAAUUGCUGACAAGCUAUCUGAGACUGCUGAUGCUGCAGAAUCUGCAGCGUCAGCGGCCCAUAUCAUGGACAAGGAGAGAAAGGUUGCAGUAGCAGAACUUCAACGCUUAUCCAGGGAGAUGGAUGAGAAACUGCAAGAAACCUCUUUGAAGAUUAAAGCAUAUGAUGAAAAAUUGACAGUAUUAACAAAAGACCGAGACAGCAUGAUGAAGCAAAGAGACUCUGCUUUACAAGAAGCACAUCUAUGGCGUAGUGAACUUGCAAAAGCCAGAGAGCGCGCUGUGAUAAUGGAAGCAGCUCUGGUGAGAGCAGAAGAGAGAGCAAGGUAUUGUUUUGCUGAUGCUGAAGCUAGAGUCAAGGAAGCAGUAGAAAAACAAUUGGCAGCGGAUCAUGCUAAGGAGGAAGUUCUGAAAGAGAUGUCAAGACUUCAGGCAGAUCUGAGAAGACACUCAAAUCAAAUGGGAUCUGUUGAAGUAACACAUCCAAAUGUGGACAUACAGAAGAUCACGGAUAUACCGGUAGAAUCACUCGUGCUUGCAGAUUGUAACAGUCCGAUGAAAAAGUCAACAAAUGGCCCACAGGAUAUCAUAGAUGGUUCACAUCCUAGUGAAACUGCAUUAAUUCCUACUGCUGGCAAAGCUAGUUAUGUGUUGAUGAAUGAAUUGAAAGUUCAACCAUCUGAUCCAAACACAAAGAUUUUUACUCCAGAAAAUGCUGCAAAUUCUGCAUUAAUUCCUAAUGCUGGUGAAGCUAGUUAUGUGGUGAUGAAUGAAAUGAAAGUUCAACCGUUUGAUCCAAACACACAGGUUUUUACUCCCCCAGAAUAUGCUGCAAAUUCCAGUGAAAUACAUUUCAUGACCAAGCUAGAAGAUGACCACCAUGAGGCUACAUGCCCACCUUCAGAAAUUGAUCCAAUUAAGACUCUUGGAAGUCCUGAUGGACUUAGUGGUCAGCUGAUCUCAACAGAUGAAACUUCUGCAGACAAGAUGCAAAAUUUAAGUUUAACUAAUAACAAUGGAGCGCCAGAUGACGCUUGAUCAAACUUCCUGUAUCAUUAAAAUCUAGUUCAUACUCUUUUGACAGGCAGGGCAUUUACUGUUUUUCCUUGUUUCGAAAGUAAAAUUUUGGUUUGGAUUCAGUUUGACCACUAAUAAACGCUAGAAUUUCAGAGGAACACUGCCAAACAUGCUCAAAUUAUUGUUAAAAAAUUUAAUGAAAUCAAUCACAUUCUUUAAAUCACAGUUAACAUUGGAAAUUAUGACAUUCCUAUAUUUUGAUUUAGGAUGCCUUCAUAAAAUAUAACAAUAUAAUACAGCCAACUAAUUUAUUCCUA